AUGACCAACAAUCUACGAAAACUUCAGAACUUUACAACGUGCGAUGUUUCUGAUGGAUUGUUGAAUAAGUAUAAUAUUAACGAUGGUGGCUUCUUUCCAAAUUUACAGAUGUGGUCAGGACCGCAGAACCAAGCAACUGUGGGUAGAGCUUAUACCGUCCUUUUCGCACCUAAAGAUGACCCCAGACCGGAGGUUAACUACAUAGAUCACAUUCCUGCAGAAUCAUUUGUGGUGGUGGCUGUCACUCAGCCACUUCAACUUGAAUAUGCUCCAUACGUUAGAAUAACUCAAGCACUUUACGGUGGUCUCAUGUCCACAAGAGCACAAUAUUUAAAAGCCUGUGGUACCGUUGUUUUUGGCCGGAUUAGGGAUGUCGAUGAGCACAAGAACUUGAACUUUCCAGUCUUUAGUUACAGCCUGGGCACAUGUGCUGCGAAACAAGCUGUCAAGCCUGUGGCGAUUAACGAACCAUUACACGUUUUAACCAGUGACUCAGAAGUUAAUACAAUACACCCAGGGGAUUAUAUAAUUGGAGAUAAACACGGGAUCGUGAGAAUACCUGCUGCCAGUGUAGAAAUCACCGAAUUGAUUACGUACAUUGAAAAAUCUGUCGAGGUUGAUGAUCUUGUGAUGGAAGACAUUAAAUCAGGAAAGCCCGCGAAGUUAUCUCAGAAGGAAAGGAGAGUUGUCUUGAAAGAUUUCAUGAGUUAA